UCAUUUCAAAACUUAACUCGCAGUCCCAAGUCAACGCGGCGAGAAGCUCACCUCCUCUUCUGCCGUGAAGUCCUCUCUGAACUCUGACGGAUCGCAUUGAAAGGAAACUCCAGGAGGUGAAAUAAAUUAAAGAAGACACAAACUUCUCUACUGGAGACGAAGCGGGAGGAUUUUAAAGCAGAACACCCCGGGACCAGAGCCCCUCUUUCUGCGGGCAAAGGCGGCUGAACUUUUAAAAAAAGAAAAAAACUGCAACCAUAAAAAAUGAAUCGGAGCUUUAAUAAGUCGCAACCUCUGCGGAAUGCGGAGUGUAACGCAGUAGAAGUGAAAAGCAAGUAUGGGGCAGAAUUUCGCCGGUUUUCGGUGGACCGGAUCAAGCCUGGCAAGUUCGAAGAGUUUUACAAGCUCAUCCUGCACAUUCACCGCAUCGCCAAUAUGGAGGUGAUGAUCGGCUAUGCUGACAUCCACGGUGAUUUGCUGCCCAUCAACAACGACGACAACUUCUGCAAGGCGGUGUCAACGGCUCAUCCACUGCUCAGGAUCUUCAUACAGAGACAAGAAGAGAUCGACUAUGCCAGCUAUGGUUCCAACACUUUAACCCGUAGGAAGAAACCAGUGGUUGCACUGCGCAACAAUGACAUCAACCGCAAGCGACCACACAUCCGCAUCGGCAUGCCGCAGGACUUCCGGCCCGUCUCCUCCAUCAUUGAUGUGGACAUCCUACCUGAGUCUCACCGGCGUGUCCGACUGUAUCGCCACGGCUCGGACAAACCCCUGGGCUUUUACAUCAGAGAUGGAACCAGCGUCCGGGUGACCCCCCACGGGCUGGAGAAAGUCCCCGGCAUCUUCAUAUCUCGGCUGGUGCCUGGAGGGUUAGCGGAGAGCACCGGGCUGCUGGCGGUCAAUGACGAGGUGCUGGAGGUGAACGGCAUUGAAGUGACGGGCAAGUCCUUAGAUCAGGUAACAGAUAUGAUGAUCGCCAACAGCCACAACCUGAUCGUUACGGUCAAGCCAGUGAACCAGCGGAAUAAUGUGGUCCGCAGCAGCAGGAUCUCAGGGAGUUCAGGCCAGUCGUCAGACAGCAGCGGGUCGACCGGUUACCCGAGUUUGUCAGUGGCCUCAGUGGGGAUGAUCUCCUCUGGAGCACCUGGGUACCAGGACGACCUGGAGAGUGACGAAGAUACGGAUAUUGUCAUUGAGAACAGCAUCAAGCGGCCGUCUCAAAGGUCCAAUGCUUCGCUGGCGUCCAGUGUGUCUCGCACACAUCAGCAGACACCAACGACAGCUUCGGGCCAAGCGGCACCUCCGAGCCCCCCCACACGUCCUUCAUCGGUGGUCUCAACCGCCUCCUUCCACUCGCAGCCGAGCCUCAAUGGGGUGUCGCAGCACCAGCACCAGCACCAUCACCUCCACCACCAGAGCAGCCUCAGCUACCAGCUCCACAGAGACCUGAGCCUUCACCACAACCCGCAUCAACAGGCCCAGCUCCGUCACCACCAAAUACAGCCUGUGCAUCACAGCAGCAACCCAGCCCUCCGCCACAGCAAUGGCAGCCUGCACAAAAUCCUCAGCUCCCUGAAAACGGACCCACGACACAGUCUCGCGCUGCCCAGGGGCGGAGUGGAGGAGGACGGCACCGUCAUUACCCUAUAAUACUUAGAAACAAACACACACGGACAGAAAACAUCCCAACUGCUCAGAGACUUAAACUGGAACACCAGGCCGGAAAAAUAUGAGCAUGAGUGUGUUUUAUCGGAUACUAAUUUCGUAACUUCCGUUUGUUUUUAAGACAUAAUUGAUAAUUGGAUGUUACGCACCAGGAAACAAGGAAAAUGUAUUGUAUAUAUUUCCUGUAUUUUUUAAAGUUGUCUUUGUCUUACAUCAAAACAUUUGUAUGUAUGUGUGUCAGAAGCAUCAGAACAAAUAACUGUUUUUAGGCGAGUCCACUGUAUACUAGAGUUCUGAAUGUGCCUACAGCCUAAUAUCUUUUGUUAGUGACCACUUUUAUUAAGAUCCUUUUCAUUCUUAUUACUGGGACCAACUUGGGGUUGCUUAUGGAUGUUUUUAAAGAGUAAAUCUAUAUUUCUUAUAUUCUGAUAAAUGCUGUUUAGAUUAUGAUUUUUUUUAUAGUUCUUUUAUGCAUUGAUGAUUGUGAUCAAAUCCUUGUUUCUGUUCCAAUAAAUUAUUCUAAGUCUGCUAACUAGAAA